UAGAGGGAAGUUUCCUACAUCUCCACUGUGCAGUCCAACAAAGACCUCACUGUCACCAAAGCGACUGCACGGUCUUUUCUCCACCUCCAAGCUUCCAGCAGUAGAGAUCAUGGAUAUUACCAUUCAACACCCCUGGUUCAAACGAGCUCUUGGUCCCUUAAUUCCAAGUCGUUUGUUCGACCAGUUUUUUGGAGAAGGUCUUUUUGACUACGAUCUGCUGCCUUUGUUGUCCUCUACCAUCAGCCCUUACUACAGGCAAUCUCUCUUCCGCACUGUUCUGGAGUCUGGCGUUUCUGAGGUGAGAUCUGACCGGGACAAGUUUACAAUCUUUUUGGAUGUAAAGCAUUUCUCCCCCGAAGAUUUGAGUGUGAAGGUCAUGGAUGACUUUGUGGAAAUCCAUGGCAAACACAAUGAGAGACAGGAUGACCAUGGGUACAUCUCCCGUGAAUUCCACCGCAGGUACCGCCUCCCUUCCAGUGUGGAGCAGUCGGCCAUCUCCUGUUCCCUGUCUGCCGAUGGCAUGCUGACCUUUGCUGCCCCCAAGGUCCAGUCCAACACUGACCUUAGCCACAGUGAGAGACCCAUUCCUGUAUCCCGUGAAGAGAAGCCAACCUCAGCUCCUUCUUCCUAGGCUGAACCUGCUGCUGCUGAAGCAUCCAAGCUGUCACUUCUUACGGGCCUCAUUCACAGAGCCAUUACAUAGAUAUCAGUGAAUAUCUAGAAGGGUUUCUUUUUUUUCUUUUUUUUUUCUUUUUUUUUGUUCUAAUUUUUCUUUC